AAGAACCUUUCCAAGACAGCGCUGGCCUUUAGAGGGACACACUGCAAAUGUAUUUCUAAUAGUAUCACCGUAGAAAGCUGGAAGACUCAAGGUGUUCAAAAUGUCCAUCGCCCAGGCUGCGGCCAAGGCCAUGCUAUCUGAUGCCCUGCUGCAGGACGGCCCCGGGAUAAACCGGAUCCACCACCUGGAGCUGGAGCUUCCUCUGGACAAGGUCAUCAAAUUUGUGUCUGUCGGACUUCCGCUGAUGCUGGUGUGCAUGGCCUUCGCCCGUGAGAUCUCCCUGGGGCCUCAGAUCAGCUGUUUCCCUCCCAGCAAUUUCACCAUCAAGCAGGCCAGCUAUGUAGACACGUACUGCUGGGACUCCCUCAUGCAUCAUGAAUUCGACAGCAAUGGGAACUUUGAGGAGCGCUCACUCUGGGUACACAAAAUGUUCCCAUACUCUCUUAUGGCAAUGGCUGUCUUGAUGUACCUGCCGGCUCUGAUCUGGCGCCAGCUCGUCAUGCCCUCACUGGGCUCAGACCUGCUCUUCGUUAUUGACGAACUGGACAAGUCGUACAACCGCUCCAUCCGACUGGCUCAGAACAUUUUGGACAUGCGCCAGAACACUAAGAACCCCCUCACAUUUCAGGCCGAACUGCAAAGGGCCAAGAAGAAGCGAUACUUUGAGUACCCUCUACUGGAGCGAUACAUGAAGUGCAAACAAAACUCCUACUUCCUCGUUAGCAUGCUUUUCUUACGAGGCUUCCUCCUCUUGACCUUCAUGACUGCUGCCUGUCUCUACCUGGCCUACUUCCACCUCUCCGCCUUCCUGCAGGAUGAGUUCAGCUGCUUCGUCCGCACCGGCAUGCUGCGGGAUCAGAACUGGGUUCCUGAGUUGGUUCAGUGUAAAAUGAUUGGCCAGCUGGUUUUUCAAGUGAUAAGCGUGGCCAACGGUGCCAUCUACGUCCUGCUUGCUCCUAUAGUCCUCUUCAGCCUGAUCCGGCUCUUUGUUUGGGACACCACCUUUAUCUCUGUCUACGAGGUCCUUCCAGCACUGGAUGUAAUCAACCAGCGUCAGCUAGGCUGCCCACUGAAUGACCUCAAUGUCCUUCUACUCUUCUUGCGGGCCAAUGUAGCACACCUGAAGUCCUAUGGGCAGGUGAGGGCAUUGUGCUCACUGGCGCCACCACAGGUGGGUACAGCCACCACAGGGCAGGGUUUGAAUGCAAUGCUGAGCCAAGAAGAGAUGGAAGAGCGUGAGGAGGCUGCGAUGGAGCUGGCAGGAGAAGUGGAGGAGGCCAAGGAGGAAGGGAAGCUCAGCCUGGUGGACAUCAUGACUAUUCUGGGAGCAGCGCAGGGAAGAGUGGUAAACUGCAGCGAGAAGAGGCCCCUUGUGGAGGAGAAUAUGAGUCUUGGUACCGUAACAUUUAUUUACACACUCAAACGCAUUCUGCUAGUGGCUAUAUUUGUUUACAUCAUUUGGGAUGUGCAGAAAAUUAUUAAGUGACCUCCACACUACAGGCUCUGAGAAUGUAAAGCAAGUGCUUUAAAUAUGAGGUAGCAUAAGCAGUUCUCACUGAAAAGCCACUGAAUAUAGAAUAGGGUAGUAUCCAAAUAGACCCGAGGAGGCAGUUUGAGAAACAUUUGCAGUGAAUUUAAACAUUGUUUGGUCAUAUUCUUUCUCUUUACUGUCUGUCUUGCUUCCGUUCCUUCUUUUUGGAGCCAAACUGAACUGCCUGUAUUUCUAAAAGAGUUUUAAAAGCCAUGGCUGAUUAAGGAGAGAGAGAUUUGUGGUGCUUACUAGUUCUAACUGACCUCUCUGUCUCUUCACAGAGCCAAACCACCAGGGGUACCAUGAGUUGAAGGAGUCUGCACCAUUUAAUCAUUACUAGGCCUCCUACGGACU